AUGGCUUUCAACUUCGGUGCUUCAAACCCCGCUGGGGGAAGCGCCUCUGCGGAGCUUGGUCCAGAGCUUCCCGAUGUCUUUACCGAUGAAGUCGGUUUCAAAGGCGUCUCCGGGGAUGCAAACAUCCGCUUCCUCCCAACGGCAUGGCCCGACGACGCGCUACCUGCUCCUACCUCCUCACUUCUGGCUGUCGCACACACCAAAGGCCUCGUUGUUGGCGCUGGGCCAGACGCGCUGGUAAUCAGCACCGCUGAUGUUAUCAGAAAAUCAAUUGAGGCGCCGGCUGGAGAAGAUAUGGAGAAAACGAAGCCAUUUCAACCUAUCGCCACCAUUCCCCUUCCUUCACGUCCCACCCAUGUGGCAUUCACACCGGGCGACGACGGCUUGAUUCUCGCAACGGAGAAUGGCCCCACUAUCUCAGUUUUCGAUACAAAUACACUCACGCAGGGAAAUGCACAGCCAGCGAUUUCAAUUCCUACGAACGGCGUGUCGCUACGAGCACUGGCACCAAACCCUGACCCUUCUUCUACACUCGUCGCGCUGGUCACCGUUAACGGCGAGCUUCUUAUCGCUGAUCUCAAGGCUGGGAGCCUAGUCCCUGGACCCAGUGGCCCGGUUCUUAAGGAUGGUGUCAGCUGUGCUUCAUGGAGCAACAAAGGAAAACAGCUUAUUGCUGGAUUGGCCGAUGGCACUGGAUAUCAGAUGACCCCAGAUGGGACGAAGAAGGCCGAAGUUCCUCGGCCAUCUGAUCUGGAGGGAGAUUGCCACACUUCUUCAUACUACAUCAUAACCCGCCGCAAGCAGGCACCGUUCCUCAUCCAGAAAUUGCCGGAAGUCUGCUCGACAAUGGGCUUUAUGCUGAAGCGUGGCCCCGCAUUCCAAUUUAUCACCAGAAUUAGAGAGUACAAGCCUCACUUGAGAGACGUGUUGAUCGUCGCGUCAACUGCGUCAACUGAUCUCGGCCUCAUCACGCGAUCUGACCAACCUCUGGCCAACGAUGAGCGAACAAAACUUCAUGUUGGCCAGUUCAUGACCACAGAAGUAAGCGACGACACCAAACGUGCCAGUGUCCCGUUGAAGGACUCUGGAGAUGAGACAUCGGUCAUUGGCCUAGCGCCAAACCUGUCAGCCACGGAAAAUGUCGUUGCGCCGCUUCCUGGUUCCGACAUCUUGGAGAGCUCAACGCCCCUUCCCGGGGUUCUUCUUUUGAACAACGAUGGUAUCCUCUCAUCGUGGUGGUUUGUUUACGCUGAUUCCAUUCGCCAAAACAUCCCGUAUUCGGGUUUGAUUUCGUCUGGUCAGGCAACCCAAGCUCCAUCCCAGCCGCAGGCUGCAGCUCCAACCCCGGCCCCGGCCCCUGCACAGCAAUCUCCAUUUGGACAGCCAUCGUUCGGAGGUUCAUCAGCAUUUGGACAGCCAGCUUUCGGAAAGCCAGCGGGAGCUCCUGCCUUUGGUAGCCCAUCAGCCCUGGGGGCUUCAACUAUGGGCGCAACUGCUUUUGGGAAACAAAGCGCUCCAGCAUUCGGCAGUCCGUCCCGGCUUGGUGGAAGUCCUGGCCCGGCCUUUGGAAAACCAUCAUCCCCUGCUCCCGCCUUUGGGACUCCCUCUCAGCCGGGCGCAUCAUUUGGCACUCCCAGUACCCCUGGACAGCCACAGUUCGGGAAGUCUGGAUUCGGGGCUAUGGGAUCUGGACUUGGACAGUCUAGCUCCCCGGCAAACCCCUUCGGAGCCAAAGGUGCAGCAGUUAGCGGUGGUGGUUUCAGCGCCUUCUCCGGUGGAGGCGGCUUCAGUGGAUUUGCAACGGCAAAGCAGGGCGAGUCACCAUUCGCAGCGAAGCAGCCAACAGAGUCACCGUUCGCGGCAACGCAGCCGAAAGAGUCGCCCUUCGCAAAGGCCUCUACUGGUGAAAGUGCUUUUGCCAAGAGCUCUACCUCACCCUUUGGAGCCAAGCCUCAGACUUCGUUCCCACCUCCAGCUUCCAACGAAGUCAAGAAUCCCUUCGGCGCUGCGCAAGGUGGCUUUGAGCUGAAGUCUAGCUUUAAAGGCGAUGGCUCGGCUGUCAAUGAUUUGCCAAAAGCAGACAAGCCUUCUUCCGGAGCGUUCUCAUUUGGUGGCUCCUUUGACGAAAUGGUGUCAACGCCCCGCAAGGGAAGCCCGUCGCCCAGUGAAUCAAUGGAUGAUACUGAAGACGUCGAGCCUGUGAAUAAGGAGACAUUCUCAAUUUUCGGCGGGGUCAGCAAGCCUGCUUCGCAGACUCCCACAUCAAUGUUCAGUUCAAAGACAACGACUUCAGUAGAGAACACCAAGCCAGCAUUCUCGAUGUUCGGCACUAAUGCCGACCAAAACCGCGUGACCAGUCCAUUGUCAGCACCGUCUGACAAGACAGAGACACCAAAGAAGAAUUUGCCUAGCACAACAGGCAUCGACGUGGAGACACCAUUGCCACCAGAUUCUACCAGCCGGGCUAGUUAUGCCGCUGGAGAUACUUCUGCUUCUUCCAACGUGUCGAAAUCCUCUGUCGAGGAUGCCCCGCUUCCUCCCGAUUUCACCAAGGUGAAGAAGGCUUCACUAAAACCUGAAGAUGAUGCCCCUCUACCGCCUGAUUUCCUUUCGCAGAAGAAGUCUGCACCCAAGACGGACGAUGCUCCCCUUCCUCCAGAUUUCCUCACUCAGAAAAAGCCCGCUCCGAAGACGGAGGAUGCACCUCUCCCUCCUGACUUCCUCACUCAGAAGAAAUCUACCGCGAAGACGGACAACGCCCCUCUCCCUCCUGACUUCCUCACUCAGAAGAAGCCUGCUCCGAAGACGGACGAUGCUCCCCUUCCUCCAGACUUCCUAACAAAGCCCAAAAAAACCGAGGCUGCAGCCGUCCCCGAGGAGGCACCUUUGCCGCCUGACUUCACCGCAAAGCCAAAGACCAAACCUGUCGAAGAGGCAGUUCCAAUUCCAGAUGAAUCUGAAGAAUCUGGUAUCUCCGAUGCAGAGUCAGAGGCCGCUGGCGAGUCAGACUUCAGUGAUAGCGGCGAAGAAAUCACACAUGACGAAGCAUUAAUCGCCAAAUCCAAGCAAUCAGCUGAGAGCUCGUUUGGUGCAAUUUCCGAGCAAAGCUCCACCGGAGGAUUCUUCACCAGUCCUGCUCGAACCGCGGAUGACAAAGGCCGCCUUCCUCGGCAGCUAUUUGGGGAGAUCCCUAAGCAGCCACUGCUUCCUCCCCCGGGCCCCAUUGCGCAAGGCAAUCGGGAACCCUACCGUUCACCGAGUCCAGUUCGGGUCGGCGGGAAGAAGAACGUGUUAUUCUCUGAGAAGUCACACGGCCGUAAGGGGUCCACAGGUGCAUUGCACUCGCGCAAGGCAUCCCUUACGCAGAUUGCCCAGCGUGAUGGUCACUUCAGAAAGGCCAGCGAUGUUGCUCGUGAAGAGCAAGAGAAGCAAGCACGGGCACAUGCGGCAGCUCAGCUUCAGGACGAGGAUGUUCUGUCUUUGUCAGACGAUGACGAUGACGAUAGACUCCGAGAUGAGUUAGCUCAGCCCGUUGAGCCUGUUGAUACCCUGGAUCCGUUCUUGCCCCACCAAAACUACAUGGGCGAGACUGCGAAGCCAGGUAUUGCCGGCCAGGUCGAGCGACUCUAUCGUGACAUCAACUCUAUGGUAGAUACAUUGGGCAUAAAUGCUAGGUCAAUGGCGGGAUUCCUUCUGCACCAGCAGCCCAAGAAACCCUCUGAUAUUGAUGACUGGGUGAUGGUUCUGAACAGCGACCAGCCUGCUGACAUUCUUGACACGAAGAUGGCCCUGAAGGACAUUGAGAGAUUUGAAGAGCUGAUUGCUUCAAUUGCACAAUCAUUGGACAACCAGCGAGUGCAGGGAGUGGAUGAAAAGCUCGAUGCAUGCCGUGACCUGCUCACAAAGCAGGUUGUCACCCUGCGAGGCCAGUUCGCAAGCAUCCGCAAGACUCUUGACGCACACACCGACAUCGGCGCUAUCCUCGAAGCACCACUUUCUGCCGAGCAAGGUGCGCUUCAGCAUGAUCUACGCACCACAUUCACGAAUAUUCAGGUCAAGAUGGCCGCUCUUGAAGAGGCAGUCUCCCUCCUGCGUGCCAAAAUCGCCGACAUUCCGCAGGCGAGUGGCGCCGGCAGGAACCGACCAACCGUCGAGGCCGUCACCAAGACCAUUGCUACAAUGAUGAGCAUGGCCGAGGGCAAGAGCACAGACAUCGAUGUUCUCGAGGCACAGAUGCGCAAGCUCGGCGUGGACAUUGCUCCCACAGGACCUCCAAGCCGCGAGGCGUCUCCCUUCUCUACUCCUCGCAAGACCGCUGCUGGCCGUAUCCCCAUGACUCCUGGGUCCCGAGGCUCGAUUGACGGUAGCGCCUAUCACACCCCCGAUUCCGCUUCGCGCGGUCUCAACUUCCGGGCCAGCAUCACUGGCUCAGUGAGACAGAGCCGUCUCCGCAGUGUGGAGGGUGUUGUCGAACCUGCCGUUCCGCAAGAAGAAGCCGUCCAAUACAAGGCCAAGAAGUCGCGUCGCCAGCACUUGAAUGCCAACUUGAAGAAGGCCUUCGAGGACAAGCAGGCAAAGGUGCGUGGCGUCGAUGACUGGUAG